AUGUCUCGACGACAGGCCAGAACUUCCGUGCGCUUCAGCACCUACAGCAUGACGCCGUCCUUUACACCUACUGUCCAGACCUCUGACACGGCCCAGGCGGAGAUCAGCGAUAUUGCCUUGAACCUCGACCGCAUGGAGAAUAAGGCACUAUCCUCGCAACGGGUCAUGCUCAGUGACGAGAAGACAGACAAUAUGAGCAAGCUGGCUCUGGGUGCCAAACUCGACCGUGCCUUGGGACGACGCAUGAGUGGACAGGAUGCUGUUAUGCGCCCGCGCCGCAACGUCUCCGUCAGCGUUACCAUGAGUGAGAAGAAGGCACUAAGCGAGAGAGCAUAA